AUGGCGAGAGUUUUAGUUCAUAUGCUUGGAGAAAAAUUGAAGAUAAUAAAUCUAGCUUAUUCUUAUCUGAGGCAUGUCAUUGGUGAUGGAGCAAGCACUUUCUUUUGGUUCGAUAAUUGGCAUCAGUUCAGCCCUCUCAUUAAAGGCUUAAGCUAUGGUCAGCUGAUCCGCACUGGUAUUACAAUGAAUGCUGAAGUUGGUGAAGUCACUGCUACUAGUUACUUAGGCAGGGGGAGAUGUAGACUUCUAGGUAUGCAGCAUAUUCAGGAAGCGAUUUUUACUAUCAAUAUUUGUCCUGAUAGAGAUGAUAUGAUCCUAUGGAUAGCAGAUAAGAAGAAUAUGUUCACAGUCUCUAGUGCUUGGGACACAAUCAGAGAGAAGGGCCCAGAGGUUAAUUGGCACAGGCUGGUGUGGUUUUAUCCAAGCAUACCAAGGUACAGCUUCAUUUCAUGGCUGGCUAUUCAUAACAGGUUGCAGACUCUAGAUAGACAGACUCUCUUCAUGGAAGAUUGGAAUUGA